AUGUCAUCAAAUGAUCAAGAAAACGCUGGAAACGCCAAAAAAGAGGAUACACCACAACUUCCUCGACAAUUCUACGGACAAGCUGAAUAUAAAAGUGAAGGUGGAGCUUUUUCAGCGCUUCUUAUGCGCAGAAAAGUUCAAAUGCCUCAAGAUUGCAAAGCACUUUGUAAACCAAUUGAAUCUUAUAAAUUAUCAGCUGAUCGAAUGCAUAAAGCCCUGAUGUUUUUAUUAGUCGAAAAUGUGGUUUUGAGUUCGAAAAUUGGAGUUUUGGAUGUGCCGGAAAAUAUUGAAAUGGAUCGACCUUAUAAAAAUAUUAUGGAAUAUUUGGGGAACUUUGAAAAAUGUUUGAAAAAAGGAAGAAAAGGAACUUAUCCUUCUUUUGAUCCUUCGAUCAAAGCUUUCAAAAAUAUGAAUAUUGAGACAGAAAAAUAUGUGAAAAAACAGCUGCAGGUUAGUAAUUUUGAAUUAUUUUUGUACUACGUACAUAAGGAAAAUAUUUUCUAGACCCUUAGAUCUCUCACAAUAUUCAUCGGAUAUGAUUAUUGGGAAUACGUAAGAUUGCGAAGAAUUUAUUGGGAUUCCUUAGAGAAUUAUGAUAAUGCGUUGACUUUGCAAAGUAAGGAAAGAACACCGGAAGCGGAAGCCGCAACUUUGGCAGCACAAACAUGGCGAAAUGAUCAGAAGAAUAAGAUGUGUGAGUAUAUUAAAAAGUUGAAUGCGGAAAAAUUGCCGAAAAAUGCGGAAUGUGUUGUAAAAUUUGCGGAAGAAGCGAUGCAAUAUCAUACAAAAAUGGAGGAAAUUUUGAAGGAUAUGAAUGCGACACCCGCUGAUUCUUCGGUUAUCAAAAUAAAUAAAUGAAUGUGUCAAAAUUGUUAUUAUUGAAACUUUUAAAAAACUCUUUCUUUCAAUGAAAAGAUUCGCCUUGCAAAAAUCCGCAAUCACGCUGAAAAAAACCUGCAUACACCAAACAACAAAGACUACGCGCAAAUGUUUUUUGCAAAAAUUUUUGAUCAAAUUUUUUUUGAUCUACCCCGCUAUUUUUCCAUUUUUCGUGAACUACAAAACGUUCAUCGAUUUUUUUCCAUUUUCAUUAUUUUGUGUAUUUUUUGGCCGUGCGAGGAUGUGAAAGAUAAGUUUUCUGGGGGUAAUUUUAUGCUUUCAAAAGUUUUAAAAAAUUUCGAAAUCAUAGCCACUCGGAUCCUCAAGAACUAGAGAAAGUCUGCGCGCGCUCCCUGAGUUAGUACCGCCUACCAGCUUCUGAAACCCAGAGCCAUUCAUUUCACAUGAGUGAGGAUUCUUCAUUGAAUCCCUUUGCUGCGGCCGGAAAACAGUGACGGGAGAUGCAUUGGGUUUUGCGCAUCGUUUAUGAUGUUUUUCUGGUGAAGAGUGGGGCAAAAAAUGGGAAAUGAAAAAGGGAUGAAGCUUUUAAAAACAACGAUUUUUCUAUUCUCAUUUUUGUUUUUUCUCGCAGGUGAUUCAAAUAUGGCUGGAUGGAUGGAUUUGGUAUGAAAUCGACGCGACAAUUCAUUGCAGUGCACUUUUAGGUAGGAGAAUAUCUCAAAACGUUAUGGAAAACUGAUUUGUUAACAACAUUCGAGAAAGUUUCGUUUUUCUAGUCGACAAAAAUAGAAAAAUUCAAAAAAUAUUACUGUUCAUUGGUUAAAGGAACAUUGCAAAUAGCAAAUAUGUCUCGGCACGAUUGUUUGCCGGGAAUUGUUUCUUGUUUGAAAAAAAAUUUAAAAAAUGCAAAAAACAUUUUUUUUGUUGCAAAUUAAAAAUAACGUGACGUGUUCAGAUUUUGGCUCAUUUCUCGAUUUGUUGGAUUUUGGUGCACGACGCUGUCAAGAAUGUCGAGUGAUAGCGGAUGCUGGAAAUUGUGAAAGCAAGUUUUGGUGA